CCCGCCACGGCGGGGUGUCCGCAGGGGUGCGCGCGGGGGCGCCCCCGAGCGCUGGCCCCCAGAAGAACCCCAGCCUCCUGCGUCCCAAGGACAUAUCUUAUUUCAGAAGUGGAGCACAACUUCCUGCCUGGAAACAGCUGAUUUUAAGGCCAAGAAAGAAGAGAGAGUCUCACCAUAACAACAUUUGAAAAGGAUACAUUGCCAGAAUUUGGGAUACUUUUUUUUGACUGUCAGCUCUCCAAGGACGACUCAGCCCUCUGCCCCCAUGUGGCCACCUUUGAAGGACUGACUUCCUCCAGCAGUGGUGCCAUUUCCAGCUGUCAUCAUGGGACCUGCGGAGAGUAUGCUGAGCAGUGGGCAAGUGCAGACCAUCCUGUGGGCAAGUUUGGCAGCUGUCGCCAUGUUCUUCCUCAUCGCCUUCCUCAUCUUCCUGUGCUCAAGUUGUGACCGAGAAAAGAAGCCAAGGAUUCAUAGUGGAGAUGAUGAGAAUCUGAUGAAUGUGCCAUCAGACAAGGAGAUGUUCAGCCGUUCGGCAACCAGCCUGGUAACAGACCCCCUUGCAAGCAGUGAACAGAAUGGAGUGCUCACCAAUGGUGACAUUCUUUCAGAGGACAGCACCCUGACCUGCAUGCAGCAUUACGAGGAAGUCCAGACCUCGGCUUCCGAUCUGCUGGACUCACAGGACAGCACCGGGAAGCCAAAAUGUCAUCAGAGCCGGGAGCUGCCCAGCCUCCCCCCAGAGAGCACAGUGGACACCAUGCUCACCACGAGGAACGUGGACGGAGAGCAGGGCCCGGGCGUGGAAGGGCCUUAUGAGGUACUCAAGGACAGUUCAUCUCAGGAAAACAUAGUGGAAGACUGCUUGUAUGAGACUGUGAAGGAGAUUAAAGAGGUGACUGCUGCUGCGCACCUGGACAAAGGCCACAGCAAGUCCAAGUCUAUUUCUGCCUUGAAAGAUCUUCCAGGACCUCCAACUGAAGGCAAAGCAGAGUUUGCAGAGUAUGCCUCAGUAGACAGGAACAAGAAGUGUCGCCAGAGUGCCAAUGCUGAGAGCAUCCUUGGAACUUCCUGUGACCCUGAGGAGGAGGCCCCACCCCCUGUUCCUGUGAAACUCUUGGAUGAGAAUGAAAACCUGCAGGAGAAGGAGGAGGGAGGGGUAGAAGAGCAAGCUGCACAGGGAGCCAGCGAAACCAACAAGAGAUACAGCUCCUUGUCAUACAAAUCCCGGGAAGAAGACCCUACUCUCACCGAAGAAGAAAUCUCAGCCAUGUACUCCUCAGUAAAUAAACCUGGACAGUCGGUGCAUAAAGCAGGGCAGUCGCUUAAAGCACCCGAGUGCGCCUACAACUCCAUUAACGGAUCCCCUCAGCGGUCGCCCUCCUCCUGUAAUGACCUGUACGCUACUGUUAAAGACUUUGAGAAAACCCCGAACAGCGUCAGCACACUUCCACCAGCAAGGAGACCCAGUGAGGAGCCGGAGCCAGACUAUGAAGCAAUCCACACUUUAAACAGAGAGGAAGAAAGAGCAACCCUAGAGACCAAUGGUCCCCAUGGCCUUGUCCCCAAGGAGAACGACUAUGAGAGCAUUGGGGACCUGCAGCAAUGCAGAGACGUCACCAGGCUCUAGCAACCCAGAGCAGCCAGCUCCACUUCUGUAGAAGACAGGAUGUGACACCAGCCUCUCCUUCAUAUGCUGCUGUAGUGAACUGAAGGCGACUGUGGACGCCACCACUGUGCUCCCAGUUUCUGAGAUAGUGAGGUACAGAUCCGACUGCUCCCUGAGGGUGCAACCACUUGCCCCCAGGGACCAGCACCCCCCAGCACACCUCAAAACUUUCCCACUUUUGCCCGCCGCAGAAGAUUCCAUCUAUCAGGUUUUAUCCGACCAGUGUACAACACUGAUCUGUGAGGAAGCCUGUAUAUCCAGGACUGCAGUUUCUCCACCAGCCUGAAAUACUGCCGCUCAAGCCAGGUUCUUCCACUCUUCCAUCUGCCCUGCUCCUGAUUUAAAAUAUAUGGCAUUUUCCACCUUUCAAACUUCCAGUGUUUAUGGUUCAUUCCAAGGAAAUUCUUCCACAGGGCUUGGCACUGGCCUUCAACAUAGGUGUGUUAGGAUGGUGAGAAACUAUGCUUACUGGUUUCCACCCAGUUUGCUCAUUGUUUUUGUUGUUGUUGCUGUUUUUUGUUUUUCCAGAGCCACCAUGUUAGCCCCUGAGAAUCCCCAGAUUGCACGGGAACAAGGUUGUGGAGAGGAGGGUAGGCUGUUCCUGGAGUCUCUUAAGUCUCUGCACCUCCUUAUUUUGGCACUGUGCAUCAGCAUCCUUUCCCCAAAGUAUUUGAAGUUAGUUUUAAAUACUCUGUUUGCUUUUUCUAGUUAAACCCUGUCCCUGAGGCCCCCACCCCAAUGUUUGGAAACAACUUACUAGAAUGUUUCAGUAUUUUCACUGAAGAUUGUGGUACUUCUGUACUUGUUUAAGGCCAGAGCUCAUUCUUUCAAACUAAAGAGCCUUAAUCUUUAUGUUGGAACACCAAACACAUGUUUGUGCACAGCUGUGGGGCCCUUCCCAGGAGGGCUGUGGACACCAAUUGUAUGGACUUCUGCUGCCCUAAGGUAACUUACCUAAGAUGAAAAUGUAAACAUUUAUUUUCUUAUAUUUUUAUUAUAAGAUGUCUUAUGUUUCAUGCUUAAUUUCUAGAAAGUGCCAGAAAAAAAAUCUGUAUCACCUAUUUUUAUUUUAUGUACAAUGAUUUACACUCUCACUUUGAAAAGAUAUCAUGAAGCACAUAAACUAGAUAAUUAAAAGUAGCUCUUAUUCUUUUGUUUUUUAACAAGUUUUAAAACAUUGAAGGUUUUUAAGACUCAACUUUUUCAAAUGGUACUUGGAAUAAUGGGUUCAAAAUAACUAGACUACUAGGGGUACAGAUUCAGAAUGCAUAAAUAACCAUUUUCAGUGGUUGUGGUGGGCAAUAUUGAAAUGUUUGGAAUGGUAAAAAUAGAAUAAAAUAUGCCUAAUGAAUAAUGUACCUCCUAAGAGCAUCAUACUUAUCAUUAAACUUUCCUUUUUUUUCUUUAAGAAAACAGCAGUGACUUCUGUAGUCCACUGCUUGUCCAUGAAAAUUGCCUACUGGAAGUUUUCUUCAUUUUAUAAAAUCAGUGCUAAAGUACCUUAGAUGAAGAGCUUGGCACGAUAUGAGCUUAAUCAUCUUUUUAGAGCUUAGAAGGCCAACAUUGGAAACUUGUUCACUUUUCAUUUUAAAAAAGAGCCUCAUUGAUGUGCCACUCUGAAGUAUGUGCUAUGGAAAGUAUUUCCUGUACUGAUAAGAAAAACAAAAUGAGGUCAUUCUCCUCUCCCACUGUGGUAUCUGUGACUUUGAUGAUGAGUAAUCUUGCUGUCUCCUCUCCUUACCAACUGGGAGGAGGAAACAUCUUGUAAGUGGCAGAGACCAGCUUGCUGGCACAUCUUCCGAUUCCUGUAUGUGCAUCAGGUCUGUGUCUGCUCUGUACUGCACUUCUGAAGCUGUAAAGUGAACUCUUGGGGUGAGCGGCUGGUUGUCAGGUUUUUUUCAGAUUAGUCUCUCUGAUGAAGAUGCCACGUGCAAAGGCACAAUCACUGUUGAUUAGAAAGUAAUGGGAGAAUACCUUUGGCUCCUCUGAGAGGAGUUUUAUCAGAAAAGUGCAGGGUACUUCCUCUCUGAGUCCAGAUCUUUCAUAAGUACUGCUUUACCUGCUAGUUCUCACUGCUUGGUAGUAACGAGUUUGACCCAACAACCUCUUAAGUCACAAGGUUCCCUUACUGUGUGGUGAUAAUCAGGUCACAGGGUUCACCUAGCAGUGUGCAUGGCUGGCACUGUCCUCCAUGGGCACCUUACAACCAAACAUUUUUUCAUUUCAUUCAAAACUCUUACUUAAUACUAGGGAAGUAGGCAUGCUCUCUAUAGUAUAAAACGUUUUCUUUAGAGAGAAGUUCAUUAUAAGCUGAGCAUGUCAUCUUAAACUCUCGUCAGAAUCUCUGCCAGAAGUUUUCAAAUAUAGAUUAUACACUUGAAUUGUAAAAUAUGCACUAAACUCUCUCUCCUAGUUUGAGAACCAACAGAAUAAUUAAGUUGUAAUAGAAAAUAUUGUGUUCUUUAAAGGGAACUAUAAUGCCCUCCAGCAAAAAUUCCAAAGAAGAAAUAGUCUUCAAGGAGUGGAGGAGGGAGAGCAGAGUAAACUUUAGGAAGGCAGCUCUGUUCUUUACAGUGUUGGCUAUGUUAUGGAAGAAUUGAUAUAUCAUCAUUUUGAGUUUAGUAUACAGCUUUUCAUAACUUUCAUCCAGUUUUCUUUCUUUAAAAUCUGUAUACACACACACAUACCCUAUGUAUAUAUGAGUUGGACAGAAUUCUGUAGCUCUUCUUUCAAAGUUUAAUUUUGUUCUGAUUGUCAAAUAUAUGAAAGGCAUUUAUUGAAAAGAGAAUUUACUGUAUUCUUUAAAUUUACUAUUGGAAUCAUAGUAUGCACUCACUAAUAAUAACCUACAUUGUGUGAAGUUAUAUUAAAAGAUAAAAGAAAAUCUUGGGAAUUUUUAAUUUUUUUCAUUUUUUUUACAACUUUUCAUUAUUUUCUUGUACAAAGAAUCUGCCAUGUAAGGAAAUUUCCAUUCUAUAAAUUGGAACUUCACAUCUAGCUCAGUCAGAAGUAGCUUUGUGUUCAGAUAUUUUGCAAGUGUUUCUCAGGUUUCUUUUAGUAUUUUCAAAAUAGUGUUAUCAGAAAAGGACAACCUGUUAUAUGUGAAAUAAAGACAGAUGUGAAAAAACCUACACAAAUGUAACCCUCACAUGUAUUGGCUACAUGUAUUUUUCUAAUGUCCUGAUCUAAACUACAUCAGUAAGUCCGUUAAAGCUUUUAAAGAUACCAAUAUUGUUUGUGGGGAAAAGGUUAGUCACUGAUUUCUGCCCUCAGAAUCCCAGAGUCAAUUCUAACUAGGUACUAAAUUUAUACUAGGUAGUCAGAGAACUAAAUAUGUUGCUAUAUUUUUCUUAUUUGAUUUUCAUUUUUAUAAUUAGAGCAUUUCCUUAACCUUAACCAGUAAUAAAUGAUAUAUUCACAUGCUUGUAUACAUAUGUACAUAUCGAAUGGAAGAACUCUGCCACCUAGUUAAGUAAGCUAAGUUCUAAUCCAUACUUAGAAUAUGUAUCCUUACUAGAAUGAUGAACUUUUAUGAAAGGCAAAAUUAAAAGAAGCAGUUCUCCAACAGUUUUCAUUUAACAAUUAAGGGAAAAUCAUUUGAUUUGUCUAUCGAAUACAGUCAGAUUAUACAUACAGGCUAUAAUCAUCCUGCUUGAAAACAAUAGUAGUUUAAAGUAGUUUUGUUAUACCUGUGACUCACUUACAUAUUCAACCUGAAAGAAGGAAAUUAAAUAGGUGUACUUCUCAUAAAAGUGUUGAAGAAGAAAUUUGGCCCAAAGCAAACAAGCAAGUAACCCUGGGCCAGGAUGCAGAGCUAGCAAGGUGACCCAGAGAGCACUAGUAGAGCCCAGUUUUCGUCAUGGCAAUCUGCUUUUAUUCUCUUUUUUAAAAGUGAGGUUUCCUGGCAGAAUCAGCAGGUCUAUGAUUUCCUAUGCUGAUGCUCUGGCUGCACUAGAGAGCUCCAGUUCAACGCUGAGCUGGGAUUUUGUAAAUGAGUACAUGAAAUUUUUUUUCCAAGAUUCCUUGUAAUAGUUACUGUGAGUCUGUUGCAUUCUCAUGAUGCCAUUCUUCCAAAAGUAUUGAUUUCUGGUACCCAGCCAGCCUGGCUGGGGCCUGGGGAAGCACAGUAGGUACUGAUGGUUAUUUCCUGGAAAUCUUGACAGGCGUAUUGUACUGUGUAAUUGGGAAAAGUUAAAGUGUAAUGUUUGCUAUUAGUAAGUGACUGGUGUGAAAAUAGAAGCGUAUCUACAAUAUCAAAUGUGGCUUUAUUUGCAUUGAAAUAGAAAUUCUUUAUCUUGUGGUAUUUUCUUGCUUUAUAUUGUAUACAUUAUUCCUGAGAGUAGCAUUUGCCAGAUUGAAAACACUUAGAUCAGUCCAGACCCCAUAGUAUGUUAGAAUCUUUGUCUGGAAGUAUCAAAUUAGAUUUUAAAACCAUGGUCCAGAAGAGAAUGGUUUUAUUCUACUGAUCAUUUUAAGUCUGUUUACAUCUAGCCUCUAAAUAUUUGUAAUAUAUUUCCUUGUUUUUCAAGUUCUUCUUUUGGGACAUAAUAGUUUUAAGACCACUUGAUAUAAGAUGAAAUAAAAAAUGCAGUUUUGCUAUAAACAU